CAUUUGGAAAGAGUAUCUGUAUUUGCUGUGGUGUUAGCUAUGUCCCUCUAGAACUCUUUGUCCACCUCAAGAGCCACCACCACUUAAAAAGCACACAACACACCACCCACAACCAAAUUCAGAAUCUAUAGGUGCAGAGGAAGUGGCAGAAAACGGGAGAUAGAGGGAGGAAAAGAAAGGAUUUUUGGAUAGAAAUGGAAGAAACAGAGCCAACCCAUUUCUCUGCCCUCCUUGAUUCAUAAUACCCUGUUUUUGGUUUUGCUUCUCUUGUUUUCUUGGAAAUGGAUUACUGGUCUUCUUCUCUUGCUGUGGAUGAGGAGUUUGAGAAGCUUGCGAUUCGGAUGAACCCUCCAAGGGUAACCGUUGAUAAUGAUACAAGCAGUAAAGCUACUCUGAUUAAGGUGGACAGUGCUAACAGGCGUGGGAGUUUGUUGGAGGUGGUUCAGGUUUUGACUGAUUUGGAUCUUAUAAUUAGAAGAGCUUAUAUUUCUUCAGAUGGGGAAUGGUUCAUGGAUGUGUUUCAUGUCACAGAUAAGCAUGGAAAUAAGGUAUCUGAAGAUGAUGUGGCUGAAAGAAUUGAAGAGUCACUGGGACCAAGAGCACACAAUUACAGAUUUCAGUCCUUAACAAGGUCCGUAGGUUUCCAAUCUGCUGCAGAACAUACAACCAUUGAGUUGACAGGAAGGGACCGACCGGGUCUCCUCUCGGAGGUCUUCGCCGUUCUAGCUGACCUUAAAUGCAAUGUUGUAGCCGCUGAAGUGUGGACCCAUAAUUCAAGAAUGGCAUCUGUGGUCUACAUUAACGAUGAGUCCACUGGAUUGCCAAUUGAUGAUACUGAAAGACUUACCAGGAUCAAGCAGCUUCUCCUCUAUGUUCUAAAAGGAGAUAGAGAUAAGAAGAGUGCAAACACUGCAGUUUCUGUUGGCUCAACCCAUAAGGAAAGGAGGUUGCAUCAGAUGAUGUAUGCUGAUCGUGAUUAUGAUAUGAAUGAUAUGGAUGGUAGGUCAACAAGUGUACGUGGCAAACCUCUUGUUACCGUGGAAAAUUGUGUUGACAAGGGAUACACUGUUGUGAACUUGAAGUGCCCUGAUCGACCUAAGCUACUAUUUGAUACGGUUUGCACAUUGACGGAUAUGCAGUAUGUUAUAUACCAUGCAACUGUAAUAGCUGAAGGACCAGAGGCUUAUCAGGAAUACUAUAUCAGGCAUGUCGAUGGCUCUCCUAUUAGUUCUGAAGCAGAGAGAGAGAGAGUAAUUCAUUGCUUGGAGGCUGCUAUUAAGAGGAGAUCUUCUGAGGGUAUAAGGCUAGAACUCUCUAGUGAUGACAGGGUUGGCCUAUUGUCUGAUGUAACUCGCAUCUUUAGAGAGAAUGGUCUCUCGGUCACCAGGGCUGAGGUCACAACCAGAGGUUCCCAAGCUGUGAAUGUGUUUUAUGUGGCUGAUGCAUCCGGAGAUCAGGUGAAGACUGAAACAAUUGAAGCAGUCCGGAAAGAGAUCGGCCUCACUAUACUUCAUGUCAAGGAAGAUGCUUAUGCAGUAUCUCCACCUCAGGAGAGUGGGAGAUUCUCUUUGGGCAAUAUCUUCAGAUCCAGAUCAGAGAAGUUUCUCUAUAACUUGGGAUUAAUAAAGUCAUGUUCUUGAUCUGUUCACUAGGGUUAGCCACAGGUUUUCAUUCGAAAACCUCCAGAUUUGAACUUGUAAAAUUUUUUGUAAAUACAAUUCGCCUUUCUUCAUCCCUUAGUCUUGAAGAACAUUGUGAAUACAUACAUUGAUGCAUUGCUGUACUGUGUAACAUUUCAAUUUCCAAACAGUAGUCAUAUGAUUAAGCAAAAUGAAGUAUAUCAAAUAGAUGAUCUUUUUUGGGGGACAGAAAAAUACUGUUAGAAGUGCUGAAAUAUUGAUAAAUGAGGUGUUGAAUU